AGAUUCGUUCAAAAUGAACGAAUUGUUCACGAGCGACCUGUUUUGGAGACUGAAUUUAUUGCACUCACUCCUGGGUCUUUGUUUUCGUCCCAUAUAAAUAGGUUAACUUCUAGUGCGGAGUCAAUGCAUUCCCUCUAUUGCAUUUUAAAAACUUUAUUUUGACAAACGCGUUAAAUGAAACAAUAAUCAAACAUUUAGCGAAGUGGGGGUUAUUAGCUCAAUGCUCCACGUCAGACAAGACAAAAAGUGCCGCGCGCCGUCAAAGAGAAGCUACAUUUGAUGACAGGAAAUCUACAGAUUCACAACGUGAAGGGCAAUUAGGUAGUACAUUUUAAUCAUUGACAGUACUUGGAUCACAGUGUACAGAGGUGAAUGUAGACAUUUGUUUACAUUUUAAAGAUGUCAGCUUGUUUAACGACUUUGUUAUUUUAAUAAAACGGACCUCUCAACCCAUAGUAAUGGUUAACACUGUCCAUGGCUUCGAAUAUACUGGUUAGUGCAGUCAUUGGGUUGUCUGCCUUAUGCUAUCAAGCCGUCAGUUGUUAGGCUUCAGGGUCAAAGUUCAUUUGGUAUUUUUUAUGAGAUAGUUUAGCUUGUACAAAGUUUGCAGGACCAAUAGAGUCAAACAUAAAAUAUGGUGGAAGUAAGUACAGGCAGUGAAAACACCCAGGAUGGUGAGGAGCCGGGGACCGAGAGAAACAGACAAGUUGUUGAAGAUGUUGCCCCAGACCCGGUCUUUCUUGAAACCAAGGAGGACCCGGAAGCCCAAAAGCUGAAGUCCGGGACCUGGAUGUGGUCUGUCGUUUAUCUUUGUUUCUAUGGUUUCAUGGUUCAGCUAAAGCCCGGGGAGCCUUUUAUCACGCCGUACCUGCUCAGUCCAGAGAAGAACUUCACCAGAGCACAGGUUACCAAUGAAAUCAACCCUGUGCUCUCCUAUUCCUAUAUGGCAGUGCUUGUGCCGGUGUUUCUGCUGACCGAUUACCUGCGCUACAAACCUGUGCUGAUCCUUCAGAGCUUGAGUCAUGUUUCCAUCUGGCUCUUGCUGAUUCUGGGCACAUCAUUGCUGGAAAUGCAGUUGAUGGAGUUCUUUUACGGCAUCACUAUGGCCGCCCGUGUGGCCUACUCUUCAUACAUCUUCUCUCUGGUGCCAGCGACCGUUUACCAACGUGUGGCCAGCUACUCGCGCACCUCUGUGCUCAUGGGGGUCUUCACCAGCUCUGUGCUGGGUCAGUUGUUUGUGUCAGUGGGUGGUUUGUCAUACAUGACACUCAGCACAGUAUCUCUGGGGUUUGUAACUGUGGGACUGCUGACGUCCUUUUGCCUGCCGUGGCCAAAGCGUAGCAUGUUUUUUAAUAAAACACGCAUGGAGGCGGAGCGGAAGGAUGCGGCUCAGUCGGAAUUGGCCGAGAUGAAACCUUGCGAGAAGGAUAACGUUGUGUCCUGGAAGACUUCGGUAUUUGUUGGGAUGGUGAAAGAAUUAAAGCAUGUGGUGAAAGUACCUAAUUUAAGGCUCUGGAGUUUGUGGUGGGUGUUCAACUCCACUGGUUACUAUUUAGUUCUGUUUUAUGUGCACAUCCUGUGGAAUAAAGUUUAUCCUGCCACAGAGAACAAGCAUGUCUAUAAUGGAGCUGUUGAAGCCGCCUCUACAUUAAUAGGUGCGAUGACAUCCUUUGCAGCGGGUUAUGUAAAAAUUCGCUGGAACCUUUGGUCUGAGCUGGUGAUUGGAUUGAUCACUGGUGCUCAGGCUGGUCUACUGCUGCUUAUGGGCACCACUGACAAUAUCUGGGUUUGCUAUGUGGCAUACGCUCUGUUUAGAGGCUUCUACCAGUUCUUGGUUCCAAUCGCGAUUUUCCAGAUUGCGUCCUCUCUCAAUAAAGAAUUGUGUGCACUAGUGUUUGGAGUUAACACUUUCCUUGGGACAGUCCUGAAGACGAUCAUCACCAUCAUUGUAGCAGAUAAGAGAGGAUUGGCUUUAAAUGUUCACUCUCAGUUUUUGAUUUAUUUCUUUUACUUUACCUUGCUGACUGUGAUUUAUCUGAGCUGUAGUGCCUGGAUCAUCAUGCGUCAUUACAGCAGUGCGAGAGCAGAGGAGAGACACACAGAAGUGGCUCUAACUGCAGAACAAAGUCCUAUCGCAUCACCUGCUUGCGAGGAACAUAAUGGAACCAGCAUAAAGGCUUGAGGUUUUAAAGAACUCCACAGGUGGAGUUCAUCCAACUUUUACAUUUUGGAAAAACAAAACGUUAGUCUUGGUUUUAUUGUUAAGUUCAUCUUAGUGUUAUAGGAAUAUCACGUUUUUACGCAAAGUAAAUCUAUUGACAUCGAUACAGCUAGCCAGUAGGAAGGUAUGUACAGUGGAAAAUCUUAGAGUGAGUUCUGAUCUGCUAGAGAUGUUUAAAGUUUAGUUGUCUGUCAUUUUGUCGCGGAAUAUAGAUAUUAAGUCAAAUUCAUGUUUGUGUCAAGACAAAACAGUAUUUCUGUUUUGAAUCACCAGCAUUUGAGGAUUCAAAGGAUAGUUCUGCUUUGAAUUAAGCCAUAAAUAUAUUAAUAAACUAGAAUAAUAAAACAAUUACAGUAUUAUAUAGGGUAAACAUACAAGACCAUGAAGUACACUUGAUUUUGUAUUGCAAUAAAUUACCACUUUCCGUUUUUUCUCUGUGCUACAGAGACCGUAUAUUAGAGGUACUGCAAUACAUGGAAUGUGUGCUUGUUCUCUCUUGAGAAUCAUAAUAACAUUGUUUUAUUCUUACAUUCCUAAGUGAAUUUAAGAUUAACAACGUAUCUACUCCGGACGUGAGCGUGUUUUUAUAAUCAAUAAAGCUGUCGAUUCCGAAUGCCAGUCGUGAAAAUGCCUUAGUGGGGGGUUUUUCGGACAUUGCGCCUCUUGAAUCUGGUGUAAGUGUAACCUGCCGUAAGUGUUCUAAUGUUAUAGGCCUUAAAAUGGUUAGUGCCUUGGAUGAACCAAAAACAAUGUAUUACUUUACUGUAUUACUUAUGCUGCUCACAUAAUGUUGCAUUUUUAUUCAUAAACACUACUUUAAGUAUUGAUACUCCAGACGUUUUCAUUUUGGCUUUGCAAGAAUUAUAUUAUUAAAACACUUAAUUUCAAUGGUUAUUUUUAUUGAAUGGGUGGAAUAGAUUUCUUGAACAUUGUUGAUAGUACUAACAUUACCAGUUACGAUAAAUAGAAUGUAUCAAACAAGGACCAGUAGUCCAUCAUUGAUUUAGAUUGCCUUAUAAGCGUGCCUGUGAGUUUGGUGUGUUUUUAUGGUUAUGCACUUCAUGUUCUCGUUUGUAUGUAUGAUUGAAAUUUUGAUUUUAUUGUAAGACUCAUAUGUGGACCUGCAGUGCCUUGUCUUAAGUCAUAGUACAGUUAUAGUCAAUGAACAUUUUGUAGUAUGCACUAAACAAUAUUCUCUGAUUUGGUAGUACUCUGAUAAAUGAUUUAUGACCACCCUGCAUAUGAUGAAAUAUGCACAUGUGUUAAUGUAGGAUGCUAGUAAAACUUUCUAUCUAAUGAGUAAUGGGUGUAAUUUUAUAUAGUUUUUGGUUGUCAUAGAACUCUUUGCUGUAAACAUAUGCUGUGUAUACUGUGAAGAAGUAAUGAGUGGCAUUUAUCUCCUUAGAGAAACAUUUAUCCAAACAGUAUUUUUAGGUAUUUUUAGGUUUUCAACAGGUAAAGAGAAAUAGGAAUUGUUUGGAGUAAAACACUGCAUAUGUUUUUGUUUACUGUCGGUUUGAUCUGAUCUGCCACAUGAGUAAUCACCAGAAGAUAGAGUUUCCAGAAGUGAAACAACUAAUAGGUUUAGAGAUCAUGUUUAAUAUCGUAUCAUUGAAAAUACAUUGACAUGUAAAUAGUUCCCAGAUUUAAGAUUCAAUGGGGUCACCUAAACAAAUGAACUAAACCCAUGGAAUGUUUGUUAAAUUGCCAUUGUUAAUUGUAUUAUAGUUCAAAUAAAUAUAAAAUGUAAAAAAAGUUGUCAAGUAUACAAAUGUAAAGAAUGCUGCAUACUGUAUAUAUGUUUAAAAAAAUCAAUACUAAUACAUGAAGAAAUGAUAAUAAAAAUGUACCUCUGAAAUAAUUAGUUACAAACGAUGUGUAAGUUGAUUUCUUUGGCAAUUAAUUGUAAAGGUACUUGUAAACAUCCACUUUAAAGCACCACAGUUCUGUUUUAAAAAUGACAACAAUAUGGUGAACAUAUAAUUGUUUUGGGUUGGCUUAAAACUGCCAUGUUAUGAGUAAACAUGUUCUGUAUAUAUGUUUUUAGAAAACUCAAUACAGUGAUUUACACCCCGAAUUAAGUGCGGUUUGAUUUUCUUAAUAAACGAUCAAGUAUAA